AUGUUCCAUCUGGGAGACGAAGGAACCGGACCUCCAUCACAGUCUCCAAUUGAACUUUUGCUUUCAGUUUUGCGCCGAUCUCGUGCCACGCGGCUUGUGUCGUGUUCUGUCUGUCUAAUUGUGGUAGUAAGUGUGAUAAGUGUUUUCUAUCUAUCUGAAAAUAUGGGACAAACUGUCACUACCCCCAAAAGUUUAACUUUACAGCACUUCAAGGAAGUCCGUGACAUCGCCCACAAUCUCUCAGUGGAAGUGCGAAAAGGAAAAUGGGACACCUUCUGUUCAUCUGAGUGGCCAACCUUUGACUUGGGCUGGCCACGAGAUGGCACCUUUAACCUAGAAGUUAUUUUGCAGCCUUUCCUUCCCCCUUGCCCAAAAACCACACCAUCAGCUCCCUCCCUUCCUCCCCCACUGAUUCCGACCCCGGCUAACUCUGCCCUUUACCCGGCCCUCACAAAAUCGGUACCGGCAGAGACCUCCGGGCGUAAAAGGACACCUCCGGUGCUGCCAGCAGAUGAUGGCCCCCUUCUGGACCUUCUACCUGAACAACCACCUCCUUACAGGGGUCCAGGCCCCAUUCCUGAACAAGAGGGGGCGGCCGCCAGCCAGGAACCACCGGAGGAACCCACCUCGUCUCCAGUGGCAGGGCGGUUGCAGGGGCGUCGGGAGGUCCCUUCCGGUCCUUCCUCUCAGGCUCUUCCAUUGCGGACGGGGCCUGACCGCCAACUCCAAUACUGGCCCUUUUCCGUCUCUGACUUAUAUAAUUGGAAAAAUAAUAACCCCCCUUUCUCAAAGGACCCGUCCAAGUUGACAGCCCUCAUUGAGUCCAUUCUAGUGACCCACCAGCCCACCUGGGAUGACUGCCAGCAGCUGCUCCAGACACUGCUGACCACUGAGGAAAAACAACGAGUCAUCUUGGAAGCCCGCAAAAAUGUUCCGGGAGAUGACGGGCUGCCUACCCAGCUGCCCGACAGGAUUGACGCUGCCGUCCCCCUGGAACGACCCAAUUGGGAUUUCUCCACUGAGCGCGUUAGGGAACACCUACGUCUUUAUCGCCAGUUGCUCUUAGCGGGUCUCCGAGGGACUGCAAGACGCCCUACCAAUUUGGCCCAGGUUAAGUUAGUGACUCAAAAGCCAGAGGAAUCCCCCUCUGCUUUCCUGGAACGACUUAAGGAGGCAUACCGUAUGUACACUCCCUAUGAUCCAGAAAGCCCAGAUGAGGCAACCAACGUGGCCAUGUCCUUCAUUUGGCAAUCCGCCCCAGAUAUCAGAAAGAAGUUAGAAAGGCUAGAAAACUUAAGAGAGAGUUCAGUACAGGAUUUGUUAAAAGAAGCAGAGCAGAUUUUUAACAAGAGGGAAACGCAGGAAGAAAGAGAUGAGAGGCUGAGAAAAGAAGCAGAGGAAAGAGAAAAUAUUACGAAGCGUAAGAGAAAUAGAGAAUUCAGUAAGUUGUUGGCCACCGUAGUGACAGGUCAGAGACAGGAUAGACAGGACCUGGGAGAUCGAGAGAGCCGCCCAAUAGAUAAAGACCAAUGUGCUUACUGUAAGAAGAAAGGUCACUGGGCCCGCAAUUGCCCAAAUAGACCAAGGGGGCCACGCCGUAAGAUUCGGCCUCAAACCACCCUACUCAACCUCGAAGAUUAGGGGGGUCAGGGUCAGGAGCCCCCCCCUGAACCCAGGAUAACCCUCAACGUGGGGGGCCAACCUGUCACCUUCCUGGUGGAUACCGGAGCUCAACACUCAGUGCUCACCACAUCUCCAGGACCCCUGUCUGACAAAUCAGCAUGGGUCCAGGGGGCUACUGGAGGAAAAAGGUGCCGCUGGACAACCAAAAGAAAAGUACUACUCUCCACUGGUAAGGUGACUCAUUCUUUCCUGCAUGUACACGAUUGCCCUUACCCGUUGCUUGGGAGAGAUCUAUUAACCAAGCUCAAAGCACAGAUUCAUUUUGAGGGGACUAAAGCCCAUAUUACAGGGCCACAGGGACAGCCGUUACAUGUACUAACCUUAAACCUGGAAGAUGAAUACCGGCUAUAUGAGCCUGAGAGGCCCCCUGAGGGGCCUCUGGCUGAGAACAUAACUGACUGGUUGAGCAACUUCCCAUCUGCCUGGGCAGAAACGGGAGGAAUGGGGCUGGCCACCCAACAGACACCCCUAAUUAUACCCCUCAAAGCAACCGCAACUCCAGUUUCUAUCAAACAAUACCCUAUGUCUCAAGAGGCCUACCGAGGAAUUCGGCCCCACAUUAAAAGACUCCUAGACCAGGGAAUCUUGGCCCCCUGCCAGUCUCCCUGGAAUACACCCCUCCUUCCAGUCAAAAAGCCUGGCACGGGCGAUUAUCGCCCUGUGCAAGAUCUAAGAGAGGUCAACAAAAGGGUAGAAGAUAUACACCCAACAGUCCCUAACCCAUACAAUUUGCUGACUGGAUUACCGCCAACAUAUAUUUGGUAUACGGUCUUAGACCUCAAGGAUGCAUUCUUUUGUUUAAGGCUUCAUCCACAGAGCCAGCCUAUUUUUGCCUUCGAGUGGAGGGACCCAGAGUUGGGGCUAUCGGGGCAACUCACCUGGACUAGGCACCCCCAGGGGUUCAAAAACAGCCCCACCUUAUUUGAUGAGGCGUUACACUGGGACCUGGCCAACUUUAGGGUUCAUCACCCUGCUUUAAUCCUACUUCAAUAUGUGGAUGAUCUCCUCCUGGCUGCAGAAACUGAGGAAAAUUGUAGAGAGGGAACGAAGGCCCUCCUGGUCACCCUGGGAACUCUGGGGUAUCGGGCCUCGGCUAGAAAGGCCCAAAUAUGUCAAAAGCAGGUUACGUACUUAGGCUACCAGAUCAGAGUUGGACAAAGAUGGCUAACGGAAGCACGAAAACAGACAAUCCUGAGUAUUCCAGUGCCUAAGAGCCCAAGACAGUUGAGGGAGUUCCUGGGGACGGCGGGGUUCUGCCGGAUCUGGAUCCCAGGGUUUGCAGAGAUGGCUGCACCGCUCUACUCACUCACAAAACCAGGUACCCUCUUUACCUGGGGGAGUGAGCAACAAGGAGCCUUUAUGGCUAUCAAAAAGGCCUUAUUAACUUCCCCAGCAUUGGGACUUCUUGAUUUAAGUAAGUCCUUUGAAUUAUUUGUUGAUGAAAAACAAGGCUAUGCUAAAGGAGUCUUAACCCAAAGGUUGGGACCAUGGAGGCGCCCAAUUGCCUACCUGUCUAAGAAACUUGACCCGGUAGCUACAGGAUGGCCUCCCUGUUUGAGAAUGGUUGCAGCAAUUGCUCUCCUAACUAAGGACUCUAGUAAGCUAACUAUGGGACAACUGAUAACAGUUCUGGCUCCUCAUGCAGUGGAAGUUAAACAACCUCCGAGUCGAUGGCUCUCAAAUACUCGCAUGACCCACUACCAGGCCCUACUGCUGGACGCUGACCGCGUACACUUUGGUCCUGUGGUAGCCCUCAACCCGGCGUCACUAUUCCCCCUAUCGGAGGGUCCAGAAACUCAUGACUGUCUCCAGAUACUUGCCAAGGUACACGGCACUCGGCCUGACCUGACCGAUCAGCCCCUCCCCGAUGCUGACUUCACAUGGUAUACCGACGGGAGUAGCUUUCUGGACAACGGAGAACGAAGAGCAGGGGCUGCGAUCACCACUGAGACUGAGGUAAUUUGGGCUAAGGCCCUACCACCUGGCACCUCGGCACAACGGGCCGAACUCAUCGCCCUGACUCAGGCCCUCCGGAUGGCGGAAGGUAAGAAGCUCAACGUUUAUACUGAUAGCCGCUAUGCCUUUGCCACUGCACAUAUUCAUGGGGAGAUAUACUGGAGAAGGGGACUAUUAACUUCAGAAGGAAAAGAGAUUAAAAACAAGACUGAGAUAUUAGCCUUGCUUGAGGCAUUGUUCUUGCCUCUAAAGCUGAGCAUCAUUCACUGUCCAGGUCACCAAAAGGGAAACAGCCCCGAGGCUCGAGGCAACCGCCUGGCAGAUGAGGCUGCCAAAAAGGAAGCACAACAGAAAGACUUUGCAAUUUCUCAGACCCUGACCAUAAAGAAAAUAAAGCGAGGGUCUACUCUUCAAUAUAGUCAGGAGGACCAAAACUUACUAAAAGAAAUGGGGGCCACCUAUUAGCCUGAAACUCAGAAGUGGAUAUUCAAAGGAAAACCAGUGUGGCCCCAACAUAUGACCUAUUACUUGAUUGACCAACUUCAUAAGCUAACCCACCUGAGUCACAAAAAGAUGAAGAUCCUCCUUGAAAGAGAGGAGGACACCCACCAUCUGUUGGGAAAGGACAAAAUUUUACAACAAGUGGCCAAGAGGUGCACCGCGUGUGCACGAGUUAAUGCUGGACAUAAUAAGGUGGGUUCCGGGGUCAUAGUGCGAGGGCACCGACCCGGGACUCAUUGGGAGAUUGAUUUUACAGAAGUCAAGCCUGGACUAUAUGGAUACCGCUAUUUGCUGGUGUUCAUGGACACUUUCUCCGGAUGGGUAGAGGCUUACCCUACCAAACAUGAAACUGCCAAAGUCGUCACCAAGAAGUUGUUGGAAGAAAUCUUCCCGAGGUAUAGUAUGCCACAGGCAUUGGGCUCCGACAACGGCCCUGCAUUAGUCUCCCGGGUAAGUAAGUUGGUGGCCACAUUACUGGGGAUUGAUUGGAGAUUACACUGUGCAUACCGCCCCCAGAGUUCAGGACAGGUAGAGCGCAUGAAUAGAACUAUUAAGGAGACUUUAACUAAAUUGACGCUUGCAACUGGCGAAAGAGACUGGGUGGCCCUUCUUCCCUUAGCGCUAUAUCGGGCCCGGAAUACAUCUGGCCCUCAUGGACUCACUCCCUUUGAAGUCCUAUAUGGUGCCCCUCCUCCAGCAGCCCACUUCCUAGACUCUGACAUAGGUAGUUUUGCUAAUACCCCUUCUCUCCAGGCUCAUCUGCGGGCGCUCCAAAUAGUACAACGGGAGGUGUGGAAACCUCUGGCAGCUGCAUACCAAGAACGGCUAAACCAACCUGUGGUACCACACCAAUUCCAGAUCGGGGAUGUGGUCUGGGUGCGACGACAUCAGGUCAAGAACUUGGAACCGCGCUGGAAGGGACCCUACACUGUACUGAUGAUGACACCCACAGCCCUAAAGGUAGACGGCAUCGCCGCCUGGGUCCACGCCUCCCACGUCAAAGCCGCCGCCCCCGAAGACCAGUUCGACAACCCGAACUCGAAAGCCAGAUGGAAACUUCACCGCACUCAAAAUCCACUAAAGAUAAGAUUGACUCGUGGGGAGCCCUAA